ACAAGUGGGGCGGGCCUUGCUCACACCAGCCGCUGGGCGGGCUCAGGCUGAGUUUCACUUCCCGCCACUGCUGCCAGCAGCAAGAACCAGCUGGAGAGCGUGCAGCACCCUGAGUCAUUGCUGCCUGCCUGCUACUCGGCUCAGCGGCAGAUACCCACCAUGGGCUCGCAGGCCUUGCCCCCGGGUCCUGUGCAGACCCUCAUCUUCUUGGACCUGGAGGCCACUGGCCUGCCCUUCUCCCAGCCCAAGGUCACAGAGCUAUGCCUGCUGGCCAUCCACAGAUGGGCCCUGGAGAGACUUCCUACCCCUCAGGGGCCUCCUUCAACAGUGCCCCCACCACCCCGGGUGCUGGACAAGCUCUCCCUGUGCGUGGCUCCGGGGAAGGCCUGUAGCCCUGCAGCCAGUGAGAUCACAGGCCUGAGCACACCUGUGCUGGCUGCACAUGGGCGUCAAUGCUUCGAUGCCAACCUGGCCAACAUGCUCCGAGCCUUCCUGCAGCGCCAACCACAGCCCUGGUGCCUUGUGGCACACAACGGUGACCGCUACGACUUCCCCCUGCUCCAGGCAGAGCUGGCUGUGCUGGGCCUUGCCAGUGCUCUGGAGGGCGCCUUCUGUGUGGAUAGCAUUGCUGCCCUGAAGGCCCUGGAGCAAGCUGACAGCCCCUCAGAGCACGGCCCAAGGAAGAGCUACAGCCUGGGCAGCAUCUACAUGCGCCUGUACGGGCAGGCCCCACCAGACUCACACACAGCCGAGGGUGACGUCCUCGCCCUGCUCAGCAUCUGUCAGUGGAGGCCACGAGCCCUGCUGCGGUGGGUAGAUGCUCACGCCAGGCCCUUCAGCACCGUCAAGCCGAUGUACGUGGUCACAGCCUCGACUGGAACCAGCCCAAGGCCAUCUGCUGCUACGGCCACGGUACCCCUGGCCAGAGCCAGGGGCACCAGCCCCAACCGUGGUGGAAACAGGAACCCUAAGCCCCUUUCCCCAGUGAAGAGCCCUGGAGCCCCACCCAGGGAGGGACUGCUGGCCCCACUGGGCCUGCUGGCCUUCCUGACCUUGGCAGUAGCCACGCUGUAUAGGCUGUCCUUGGCCAUACCCGGGCAGUAGGCCAAGAAGGAAAUUCUGACUAAUAAAGACCCUCCACAGCACCGAGUGAUCACUCACUUCUACCCACCGUGGCAGCCUGAGAGCCUCCCACACUUCUGCCCACACUGAGACACCUGGGGCCGGGGGCACAGGAAGUGGCAGUCUUUGUCCAUCACCCUCCCUAGCAGGAUGGUCAGACGUCUGAGCCCAAUAAAAGUAGGGAAAACAAGGAACU